AUGAAGCAGAGAUACAAUUUGACUGAUGAACAGUUUGAAGAAGAAAAGAGAAUUGCUCAAAAACAGUUGAAAAACUGGGAAGAGCAUAGGAAAGAGCGAGUCCUGCAAAUUUUCCAAUCAAAUUCUGAAUACGUCUCCAAAUCGAGCAAAUCUGAUGUGCAGCAUCCGAAAAUGGCGAGAGCGAAUACUGUAUUCAAUAGCAGAGGAGAAAAAGUGGACGUGGAAUUUGGAAGAUUGAGAGAGUUCUAUCUGUACACACUGGCACCCUGUAAAGAAUUCGUCUCAAUUCGUGAUCAUACUGCACAUGACAAAGAAUUGACUGGCCUUCGUGCGAAACAGAAAAUCAUUCUGGAAAAUCGAAAAGACAAGCAGGCCACUAAGAAUAAGCUGACAGAAUACGAGCGGAGUAAAAGUGUGUACGAAGAUCCUAUCGCACCCCGGCACGUCAAAGCUGUCAAGCCUGAUCAAAAGGAAGCUAUUGAAGACACUGCGCCGAUUGAUAAAUUCAUCUCUAACACCACCGAUGAGACGCACAAGCAGUUUCCGGAAAGUUGGUACCAUCAGUCCAUCACUCGUACACAGCUGAAACCAGGCAAAAUGAAUUACUGGGUGGGAAAUGAGGAAGAAGAGGAUCUCUCAGUUGAUGACGAUCCGGAAGGGAAAUACACAGUUACAGUUGAGAAAAUAAUUGAGGUGCUUUCUGGGGGAAAAGUGAAGGACUCGGGAGUGAUGGAGCCCGUCGGCAACACAGCGAUGACCGAUUCCGUCGUUUCUCUACAAACGAGAUAUAAAAAAACAUCUGGUAAAGAAUCAACGUUCCUGAAUACGAUGAAGGGUACGAUAGAUUUCAUGAAAAGUGAGAUCGGCAAGGAAAAUGCACCGGGUUCGAAUACAAUAACCCAAGAUGAACCAACAGAUGCACCGAAUCAAAUCACUUAUGCUUCAACGGUAACUGCAAAUGUUUUCAAAGGGAACCGCCUGAAAAGGCAGUAUACGGCUAGAAAAGACGUGGAGACAUUUGAGGAAAAUAGGAAAGACUAUACUCGAGAAGCUGGAGAGGAAACUAGUGGGAUCUGA